UAUGUUGACUCACUCAGUGUUGGGAUCACUCACUUUCCCCUUACAGGACUCAGAUCUUGGAGGCAAUUAACUUCAGAGAAAAACGAAUAGGAAAAACUGAAGUGUUCUUUUUUAAAAGGCUGCUGAAGUUGGUUGAUUUCUCAUCAUUCCUAAACCUAUUGGAGCACUAAAGUUGGGAGAAAAUUUACCAAGACUUUUCCUGCUGCCUUGAUAUAUACUUUUUUUUUUUUCCCAAAUGCUUUGGUGGGAAGAAGUAGAGGACUGUUAUGAAAGAGAAGAUGUUCAAAAGAAAACAUUCACAAAAUGGAUAAAUGCACAGUUUUCUAAGUUUGGGAAGCAGCACGUAGAGAACCUCUUCAGUGACCUACAGGAUGGGAGACGCCUCCUAGACCUUCUGGAAGGCCUGACAGGGCAAAAACUGCCAAAAGAAAAAGGAUCCACAAGAGUCCACGCCCUGAACAAUGUCAACAAGGCACUGCGUGUCCUGCAGAAAAAUAAUGUUGAUUUAGUGAAUAUCGGAAGCACUGACAUAGUAGAUGGAAAUCACAAACUGACUCUUGGUUUGAUUUGGAAUAUAAUCCUCCACUGGCAGGUCAAAAAUGUAAUGAAAAAUAUCAUGGCUGGAUUGCAACAAACCAACAGUGAAAAGAUUCUCCUGAGCUGGGUCCGACAAUCAACUCGUAAUUACCCACAGGUUAAUGUCAUUAACUUCACCACCAGCUGGUCUGAUGGGCUGGCUUUGAACGCUCUCAUCCACAGUCAUAGGCCAGACCUGUUUGAUUGGAAUAGUGUGGUUUGCCAGCAGUCAGCCACACAGCGACUGGAACAUGCAUUCAACAUUGCCAAAUAUCAAUUAGGCAUAGAGAAACUGCUUGAUCCUGAAGAUAUUGCCACCACUUAUCCAGAUAAGAAGUCCAUCUUAAUGUAUCUCACAUCACUCUUCCAAGUUUUGCCUCAACAAGUGAGCAUUGAAGCCAUCCAGGAAGUGGAAAUGUUGCCAAGGCCAUCAAAAGUUACAAGAGAAGAACAUUUUCAAUUACAUCAUCAAAUGCAUUAUUCUCAACAGAUCACAGUCAGUCUAGCACAGGGCUAUGAACGAACUCCUUCCUCUCCUAAGCCUCGGUUCAAGAGCUAUGCCUACACUCAGGCUGCUUAUGUCGCCACCUCUGACCCCACACGGAGCCCACUUCCUUCACAGCGUUUGGAAGCUCCUGAAGACAAGUCAUUUGGCCGUUCAUUAAUGGAGACUGAAGUAAACCUGGACAGUUACCAAACAGCUUUAGAAGAAGUACUCUCAUGGCUUCUUUCAGCUGAGGACACAUUGCAAGCCCAAGGAGAGAUUUCUAAUGAUGUAGAAGAAGUGAAAGAACAAUUUCAUACUCAUGAGGGGUUCAUGAUGGAUUUGACAUCCCAUCAGGGACGGGUUGGUAAUGUUCUGCAACUGGGAAGUCAACUGAUUGGAAUAGGGAAGUUAUCAGAAGAUGAAGAAAGUGAAGUACAAGAACAAAUGAAUCUCCUAAAUUCAAGAUGGGAAUGCCUCAGGGUAGCUAGCAUGGAAAAACAAAGCAAUUUACAUAAAGUUCUAAUGGGUCUCCAGAAUCAGCAACUGAAAGAGUUAAAUGAUUGGCUAACCAAAACAGAAGAGAGAAUAAGGAAAAUGGAGAAAGAGCCCCUUGGACCUGAUAUUGAAGACCUAAAACACCAAGUACAACAACAUAAGGUGCUUCAAGAAGACUUAGAACAGGAACAAGUCAGGGUCAAUUCUCUCACUCACAUGGUGGUGGUGGUCGAUGAAUCUAGUGGAGACCAUGCAACUGCUGCCUUGGAAGAACAACUGAAGGUACUGGGAGAUCGAUGGGCGAACAUCUGUAGAUGGACCGAAGAUCGCUGGGUUCUUUUGCAAGACGUCCUCCUAAAAUGGCAGCGUUUUACUGACGAACAGUGCCUUUUUAGUGCAUGGCUUUCAGAAAAAGAAGAUGCAGUGAACAAGAUUCACACAACUGGUUUUAAGGAUCAAAGUGAAGUGUUAUCAAGUCUUCAGAAACUGGCUGCCUUAAAAACAGAUCUAGAAAAGAAGAAGCAAACUAUGGACAAACUCUGCUCACUCAACCAAGAUCUUCUUUCAACACUGAAAAACACAUUGGUAGCCCAAAAGAUGGAAGCAUGGCUGGACAACUUUGCCCAGCGCUGGGAUAAUUUAGUCCAAAAACUUGAAAAAAGUUCAGCACAGAUUUCACAGGCUGUCACCACCACUCAGCCAUCACUAACACAGACAACUGUAAUGGAAACGGUAACUAUGGUGACCACGAGGGAACAAAUUCUGGUAAAGCAUGCCCAAGAGGAACUGCCACCGCCACCUCCCCAAAAGAAGAGGCAGAUUAUUGUGGAUUCGGAAAUUAGGAAAAGGUUGGAUGUCGAUAUAACUGAACUUCACAGUUGGAUUACUCGUUCAGAAGCUGUGUUGCAGAGUCCUGAAUUUGCAAUCUAUCGGAAGGAAGGCAACUUCUCAGACCUUAAAGAAAAAGUCAAUGCCAUAGAGCGAGAAAAAGCCGAGAAGUUCAGAAAACUGCAAGAUGCCAGCAGAUCAGCUCAGGCCCUGGUGGAACAGAUGGUGAAUGAGGGUGUUAAUGCUGACAGCAUCAAACAAGCCUCAGAACAACUGAACAGCCGGUGGAUAGAGUUCUGCCAAUUGCUAAGCGAGAGACUUAACUGGCUGGAGUACCAGAACAACAUCAUCACUUUCUAUAAUCAGCUACAACAAUUGGAGCAGAUGACAACUACUGCUGAAAACUGGUUGAAAACCCAACCCACCACCACAUCAGAGCCAACGACAAUUAAAAGCCAGUUAAAAAUUUGUAAGGAUGAAGUCCACCGGCUGUCAGCUCUUCAGCCUCAAAUUGAACGAUUAAAAAUUCAAAGCAUAGCCUUGAAAGAGAAAGGACAAGGGCCAAUAUUCCUGGAUGCAGACUUUGUGGCCUUUACAAAUCAUUUUAACCAAGUCUUUGCUGAUGUGCAGGCAAGAGAAAAAGAGCUUCAAACAAUUUUUGACACUUUGCCACCCAUGCGCUACCAGGAGACCAUGAGUACCAUCCUGACAUGGAUCCAGCAGUCAGAAACCAAACUCUCUAUACCUCAGGUCACUGUCACUGAAUAUGACAUCAUGGAAGAGAGACUGGGAGAGUUACAGGCUUUACAAAGCUCUCUGCAAGAACAACAAAGUGGCCUGAACUAUCUCAGCACCACUGUGAAAGAGAUGUCAAAGAAAGCACCACUGUCUGAUAUUAGCCGGAAGUAUCAAUCAGAAUUUGAAGAGAUUGAGGGUCGCUGGAAGAAGCUGUAUUCCCAGUUGGUUGAACUUUGCCAGAAGCUAGAGGAGCAAAUGGCUAAACUUCGAAAAAUUCAGAAUCACAUAAAAACUCUAAAGAAAUGGAUGGCUGAAGUUGAUGUUUUCCUGAAGGAGGAAUGGCCUGCCCUUGGAGAUUCAGAAAUUCUGAAAAGACAGCUGAAACAGUGCAGGCUUUUAGUCAAUGAUAUUCAGACAAUUCAGCCCAGUCUCAACAGUGUCAGUGAAGGUGUGCAAAAGCUGAAGACUGAAGCGGAGCCGGAGUUUGCCAGCAGACUUGAGACAGAACUCCGAGAACUUAACACUCAGUGGGAUUACGUGUGCCGACAGGUCUAUGCCAGGAAGGAAGCCUUAAAGGGAGGUUUGGAUAAAACUGUAAGUCUUCAGAAAGAUCUGUCAGAGAUGCAUGAAUGGAUGACACAAGCUGAAGAAGAAUACCUAGAGAGAGAUUUCGAAUAUAAAACCCCUGAUGAAUUACAGACAGCAGUUGAAGAGAUGAAGAGAGCUAAAGAAGAGGCCCAGCAGAAAGAAGCCAAAGUGAAACUCCUUACUGAGUCCGUCAAUAGUGUCAUAGCUCAGGCUCCCCCUGCAGCACAAGAGGCCUUUAAAAAGGAACUUGACACUCUCACCACCAACUAUCAGUGGCUCUGCACCAGGCUCAAUGGCAAAUGCAAGACCUUGGAAGAAGUUUGGGCGUGCUGGCAUGAGUUAUUGUCAUACUUGGAGAAGGCAAACAAGUGGCUAAAUGAAGUAGAAUUCAAACUGAAAACCAUGGAAAAUAUUCCUGGGGGAGCUGAGGAAAUCUCCGAGGUGCUUGAUUCACUUGAAAAUUUGAUGCAACAUUCAGAGGAUAACCCGAAUCAGAUUCGCAUAUUGGCACAGACCCUAACAGAUGGUGGAGUCAUGGAUGAACUGAUCAAUGAGGAACUUGAGACAUUUAAUUCUCGUUGGAGAGAGCUGCAUGAAGAGGCCGUGAGGAGGCAAAAGUUGCUUGAGCAGAGUAUCCAGUCGGCCCAGGAGAUCGAAAAAUCCUUGCACUUAAUUCAGGAGUCCCUUUCCUCCAUUGACAAGCAGUUGGCAGCUUAUAUUGCUGAUAAAGUGGACGCAGCUCAGAUGCCUCAAGAAGCGCAGAAAAUCCAAUCGGAUUUGACAAGUCAUGAGAUCAGUUUAGAAGAAAUGAAGAAACAUAACCAGGGAAAGGAGACUGCCCAAAGGGUACUGUCCCAAAUUGAUGUGGCACAGAAAAAAUUGCAAGAUGUUUCCAUGAAGUUUCGAUUAUUCCAGAAGCCAGCCAAUUUUGAGCAGCGUCUACAGGAAAGUAAGAUGAUUUUAGAUGAAGUGAAGAUGCAUUUGCCUGCGUUGGAAACGAAGAGUGUGGAACAGGAAGUAGUACAGUCACAGUUAAAUCAUUGUGUGAACUUGUAUAAAAGUCUGAGUGAAGUGAAGUCUGAAGUGGAAAUGGUAAUAAAAACUGGACGUCAGAUUGUACAGAAGAAGCAGACGGAAAACCCUAAAGAGCUUGAUGAAAGAGUCACGGCUUUGAAAUUGCAUUAUAAUGAGCUGGGAGCAAAGGUGACAGAAAGAAAGCAACAGUUGGAGAAAUGCUUGAAAUUGUCCCGUAAGAUGCGAAAGGAAAUGAAUGCCCUGACGGAAUGGCUGGCAGCUACAGAUACGGAGCUGACGAAGAGAUCAGCAGUUGAAGGAAUGCCUAGUAAUUUGGAUUCUGAAGUUGCCUGGGGAAAGGCUACUCAGAAAGAGAUUGAGAAACAGAAGGUUCACCUGAAGAGUGUCACAGAGCUAGGAGAGGCCUUGAAAACGGUUUUGGGCAAGAAGGAGACCUUGGUGGAAGAUAAACUGAGUCUUCUGAAUAGUAACUGGAUAGCUGUCACUUCCCGAGCUGAAGAGUGGUUAAACCUUUUGUUGGAAUACCGGAAACACAUGGAAAACUUUGACCAGAAUGUGGAUUACAUCACAAACUGGAUCAUUCAGGCUGAAGCACUUUUGGAUGAAUCUGAGAAAAAGAAACCUCAGCAAAAAGAAGACAUACUUAAGCGUUUAAAGGCUGAAAUGAAUGACAUGCGCCCAAAGGUGGAUUCCACGCGUGACCAAGCAGCAAACCUGAUGGCAAACCGCGGCAACCACUGCAGGAAAGUAGUAGAGCCCAAAAUCUCAGAGCUCAACCAUCGAUUUGCAGCCAUUUCUCACAGAAUUAAGACUGGAAAGGCCUCCAUUCCUUUGAAGGAAUUGGAGCAGUUUAACUCAGAUAUACAAAAAUUGCUUGAACCACUGGAGGCUGAAAUUCAGCAGGGGGUGAAUCUGAAAGAGGAAGACUUCAAUAAAGAUAUGAGUGAAGACAAUGAGGGUACUGUAAAAGAAUUGUUGCAAAGAGGAGACAACUUACAACAAAGAAUCACAGAUGAGAGAAAGCGAGAGGAAAUAAAGAUAAAACAACAGCUGUUACAGACAAAACAUAAUGCUCUCAAGGAUUUGAGGUCUCAAAGAAGAAAAAAGGCUCUAGAAAUUUCUCACCAGUGGUAUCAGUACAAGAGGCAGGCUGAUGAUCUCCUGAAAUGCUUGGAUGACAUUGAAAAAAAGUUAGCCAGCCUACCUGAACCCAGAGAUGAAAGGAAAAUAAAGGAAAUUGACCGUGAAUUGCAGAAGAAGAAAGAGGAGCUGAAUGUGGUGCGCAGGCAAGCUGAGGGCUUGUCUGAGGAUGGGGCCGCAAUGGCAGUGGAGCCAACUCAGAUCCAGCUCAGCAAGCGCUGGCGGGAAAUUGAGAGCAAAUUUGCUCAGUUUCGAAGACUCAACUUUGCACAAAUUCACACUGUCCAUGAAGAGUCGGUGAUGGUGAUGACUGAAGAUAUGCCUUUGGAGAUUUCUUAUGUGCCUUCUACUUACCUGACUGAGAUCACUCAUGUCUCACAAGCCCUAUCAGAAGUGGAACAACUUCUUAAUGCUCCUGACCUCUGCGCUAAAGAUUUUGAAGAUCUCUUUAAACAAGAGGAGUCGCUGAAGAACAUAAAAGACAGCUUGCAACAAAUCUCAGGUCGGAUUGAAAUCAUUCACAAAAAGAAGACAGCAGCAUUGCACAGUGCCACCCCUGCAGAAAGGGCAAAGCUCCAGGAAGCUCUCUCACAGCUCGAUGUCCAAUGGGAAAGAAUUAACAAAAUGUACAAGGACCGACAAGGGCGAUUUGACAGAUCUGUGGAAAAAUGGCGGCGGUUUCAUUAUGAUAUGAAGAUACUCAAUCAAUGGCUAACCGAGGCAGAACAGUUUCUCAAAAAGACACAAAUCCCUGAGAAUUGGGAACAUGCCAAAUACAAAUGGUAUCUGAAGGAACUCCAGGAUGGCAUCGGACAGCGGCAAACUGUUGUCAAGGUAUUGAAUGCGACUGGGGAAGAAGUAAUUCAACAGUCCUCCAAGACAGAUGCCAGCAUUCUGCAAGAAAAACUGGGAAGCCUGAAUCUGCGGUGGCAGGAGGUCUGCAAACAGCUGGUAGAAAGAAAAAAGAGGCUAGAGGAACAAAAGAAUAUCUUGUCAGAAUUUCAAAGAGAUGUAGAUGAAUUUGUUUUAUGGUUGGAGGAAGUGGAUAACGUUGCUAGUAUUCCACUUGAACCUGGAAAUGAGCAGCAGCUAAAAGAAAAACUUGAACAAGUCAAGUUACUGGCGGAAGAGUUGCCCCUGCGCCAGGGAAUUCUAAAACAAUUAAAUGAAACUGGAGGAACAGUGCUUGUAAGUGCUCCCAUAAGCCCAGAAGAGCAAGAUAAACUUGAAAAUAAGCUCAAGCAGACAAAUCUUCAGUGGAUAAAGGUUUCUAGAGAUUUGCCUGAGAAACAAGGAGAAAUUGAGGCACACAUAAAAGACCUUGGGCAGCUGGAAGAGCAGUUAAAUCAUCUGCUUCUGUGGCUGCCUCCUAUUCGGAAUCAGUUGGAAAUUUACAAUAAGCCAAAUCAAACGGAACCAUUUGACAUUAAGGAAAUUGAAGUAGCAGUUCAAGCUAAACAGCCGGAUGUGGAAGGGAUUUUGUCUAAAGGGCAGCAUUUGUACAAGGAAAAACCAGCCACCCAGCCAGUGAAGAGAAAGCUGGAAGAUCUGAGCUCUGAUUGGAAGGCGGUAACCCACUUACUUCAAGAGCUGAGGGCAAAGCAGCCUGGCCCAGCUCCUGGACUGAGCACUGUCGGAGCCCCUCCUAGUCAGACUGUUACUCUGGUGACACAACCCACCGUUACCAAGGAAACUGCCAUCUCCAAACUAGAAAUGCCAUCUUCCUUGCUGUUGGAGGUACCCGCCCUGGCAGAUUUCAACAGAGCUUGGACAGAACUUACCGAUUGGCUGUCUCUGCUCGAUCGAGUUAUAAAAUCACAGAGGGUGAUGGUGGGUGAUCUUGAAGACAUCAACGAGAUGAUCAUCAAGCAGAAGACGACGCUGCAGGAUUUGGAACAGAGGCGCCCCCAGUUGGAAGAACUCAUUACCGCUGCCCAGAAUUUGAAAAACAAGACCAGCAAUCAAGAGGCUAGAACAGUCAUUACUGAUCGAAUUGAAAGAAUUCAGAAUCAGUGGGAUGAAGUACAGGAACACCUUCAGAACCGGAGGCAGCAGUUGAAUGAAAUGUUAAAGGAUUCAACACAAUGGCUGGAAGCUAAAGAAGAGGCUGAGCAGGUGUUGGGACAGGCCAGAGCCAAGCUUGAGUCAUGGAAGGAGGCUCCCUACACAAUGGAUGCAAUCCAAAAGAAAAUCACAGAAACCAAGCAGUUGGCCAAAGACCUCCGCCAGUGGCAGAUAAAUGUAGAUGUUGCAAAUGAUUUGGCACUGAAACUUCUCCGGGAUUAUUCUGCAGAUGAUACCAGAAAAGUUCACAUGAUAACAGAGAACAUCAAUGCCUCUUGGGCAAGCAUUCAUAAAAGAGUGAGUGAGCGAGAGGCUGCUCUGGAAGAAACACACCGAUUACUGCAACAGUUCCCCCUGGACCUGGAGAAGUUCCUUGCCUGGCUUACAGAAGCCGAGACAACUGCCAACGUCCUGCAGGAUGCCACCCAUAAGGAAAGGCUCCUAGAAGAUUCCAAGGGAGUAAGAGAGCUGAUGAAACAAUGGCAAGACCUCCAAGGAGAAAUUGAAGCUCACACAGAUAUGUAUCACAACCUGGAUGAAAAUGGCCAAAAAGUCCUGAGAUCCCUGGAAGGUUCUGAUGACGCAGCCCUGUUGCAAAGACGUCUGGACAACAUGAACUUCAAGUGGAGUGAGCUUCGGAAAAAGUCUCUCAACAUUAGGUCUCAUUUGGAAGCCAGUUCUGACCAGUGGAAGCGUCUGCACCUUUCUCUUCAGGAACUUCUGGUAUGGCUCCAGCUGAAAGAUGAUGAGUUAAGCCGGCAGGCACCCAUCGGAGGCGACUUUCCAGCAGUUCAGAAGCAGAAUGAUGUGCACAGGGCCUUCAAGAGGGAAUUGAAAACGAAAGAACCUGUAAUCAUGAGUACUCUUGAGACCGUACGAAUAUUUCUGACAGAGCAGCCUUUAGAAGGACUAGAGAAACUCUACCAGGAGCCCAGAGAGCUGCCUCCUGAGGAGAGAGCCCAGAAUGUCACACGGCUCCUACGAAAGCAGGCUGAGGAGGUCAACACUGAGUGGGAAAAAUUGAACCUGCAGUCUGCAGACUGGCAGAGAAAAAUAGAUGAGGCCCUCGAAAGACUCCAGGAACUUCAGGAAGCAACGGAUAAGCUGGACCUCAAACUACGUCAGGCUGAGGUGAUCAAGGGAUCCUGGCAGCCUGUGGGUGACCUCCUCAUUGACUCUCUCCAAGAUCACCUCGAAAAAGUCAAGGUGCUUCGAGGAGAAAUUACACCUCUGAAAGAGAAUGUCAGCUACGUCAAUGACCUUGCUCGCCAACUCACUACGUUGGGCAUUCAGCUGUCACCAUAUAACGUCAACAUUCUGGAAGACCUGAACACCAGAUGGAAGCUUCUGCAGGUGGCCGUUGAGGACCGCAUCAGGCAGCUGCACGAAGCCCACAGGGACUUUGGGCCAGCAUCCCAGCACUUCCUUUCCACUUCUGUCCAGGGUCCCUGGGAGAGAGCCAUCUCACCAAACAAAGUGCCCUACUAUAUCAACCAUGAGACCCAAACAACUUGCUGGGAUCAUCCCAAAAUGACAGAGCUCUACCAGUCUUUAGCUGACCUGAAUAAUGUCAGGUUCUCAGCUUAUAGGACUGCCAUGAAACUCCGAAGACUGCAGAAGGCCCUUUGCUUGGAUCUCUUGAGCCUGUCGGCGGCCUGCGAUGCCUUGGACCAGCACAACCUCAAGCAAAAUGACCAGCCCAUGGACAUUCUGCAGGUCAUUAAUUGUCUGACCACUAUUUAUGAUCGCCUGGAGCAAGAACACAACAAUCUGGUCAACGUCCCUCUCUGUGUGGAUAUGUGUCUCAAUUGGCUGCUGAAUGUUUAUGACACGGGACGAACAGGGAGGAUCCGGGUCCUGUCUUUUAAAACUGGCAUCAUUUCUCUGUGCAAAGCCCAUUUGGAAGACAAGUACAGAUACCUUUUCAAGCAAGUGGCAAGUUCAACAGGAUUUUGUGACCAGCGCAGGCUGGGCCUCCUCCUGCAUGACUCCAUCCAAAUCCCAAGACAGUUGGGUGAAGUCGCAUCCUUCGGGGGCAGUAACAUUGAGCCGAGUGUCAGGAGCUGCUUCCAGUUUGCUAAUAAUAAGCCUGAGAUCGAAGCAGCCCUAUUCCUAGACUGGAUGCGACUGGAGCCCCAGUCCAUGGUGUGGCUGCCCGUCCUGCACCGGGUGGCUGCCGCGGAGACUGCCAAGCACCAAGCCAAGUGCAACAUCUGCAAGGAGUGUCCCAUCAUCGGAUUCAGGUACAGGAGUCUAAAGCACUUUAACUAUGACAUCUGCCAAAGUUGCUUUUUUUCUGGUCGGGUUGCAAAAGGCCAUAAAAUGCACUACCCCAUGGUGGAAUACUGCACUCCGACUACAUCGGGAGAAGAUGUUCGUGACUUUGCCAAGGUACUAAAAAACAAAUUUCGAACCAAAAGGUAUUUUGCGAAGCAUCCCCGAAUGGGCUACCUGCCAGUGCAGACGGUCUUAGAGGGGGACAACAUGGAAACUCCUGUUACUCUGAUCAACUUCUGGCCGGUAGAUUCUGCGCCCGCCUCGUCCCCUCAGCUUUCACACGAUGAUACUCAUUCACGCAUUGAACAUUAUGCUAGCAGGCUAGCAGAAAUGGAAAACAGCAAUGGAUCUUAUCUAAAUGAUAGCAUCUCUCCUAAUGAGAGCAUAGAUGAUGAACAUUUGUUAAUCCAGCAUUACUGCCAAAGUUUGAACCAGGACUCCCCCCUGAGCCAGCCUCGUAGUCCUGCCCAGAUCUUGAUUUCCUUAGAGAGUGAGGAAAGAGGGGAGCUAGAGAGAAUCCUAGCAGAUCUUGAGGAAGAAAACAGAAAUCUGCAAGCAGAAUAUGAUCGUCUCAAGCAGCAGCAUGAACAUAAAGGCCUGUCCCCACUGCCGUCCCCGCCUGAAAUGAUGCCCACUUCUCCCCAAAGUCCCCGGGAUGCUGAGCUCAUUGCCGAGGCCAAGCUACUGCGUCAGCACAAAGGCCGCCUGGAAGCCAGGAUGCAAAUCCUGGAAGAUCACAACAAACAGCUGGAGUCACAGUUACAUAGGCUCAGGCAGCUGCUGGAGCAACCCCAGGCAGAGGCCAAGGUGAAUGGUACAACAGUGUCUUCUCCUUCUACCUCUCUUCAGAGGUCGGACAGCAGCCAGCCUAUGCUGCUUCGGGUGGUCGGCAGUCAGACUUCAGAAUCCAUGGGCGAGGAAGACCUGCUCAGUCCUCCCCAGGACACAAGCACAGGGUUAGAGGAAGUGAUGGAACAACUCAACAACUCCUUCCCUAGUUCCAGAGAGUAUAGCGCAUAAGAAGCUACAGCACGGCUCGUGACUCUGCUCGUGACCCAUCCUCAUUAUCUUUAGGGGGAAGGUCUUUGCACCUUCCCCCUGCAUCCCCCCUUUAGUCCCUGAAGCUGGAUACCACAUGGGUAUGGAAGAAGCCACCUAGAAGAGGAGAAAGAGACUGCUGAUAUGUUUGGCAGUUAGCAUCUCUGAUGUUAAAUUCAUUUGUGUGAUGUUGAUUUACUUAUAUGGAAACUUGGGGAACUUCAGGCCACCUGGAUAGUAUUUACUAAAUCCACACUUUCGGAAGCAUACCUUCCCGUGAGUGCUAAUUUGAGUUCUCAAAUAGGGGAUAAGGAGGCUUUGUCUGACCAAUUCCAUUAACUGAGUUCCUACUUCUUCAAUAGUAGGCUGGUGGCCUGAGACAAUUUAUUUUCCUGAGGAAAACAAUCAGGAUCUGGCUAUUCUUUCUCUGAUGCUAUUACCUUGACACUUUUUUUUCUUUUUUUUUUUUUUGUUUAAACUACUUCCUGACAAAUUAGGCCUUAAAAUUGGGCCUUUACUAUUCUGCACCCAAUUCCAAUGUGUGGGAGUUCUUCCCACAGCACCAAGCAAUUCCGACACCACCUGGGUGUCCUAGGAUCCAACUCAUUUCAGACACCAUCUACCCGGAGAGAGUAUCAGAGUCCACCGCUUGAGGGCUCAGUCCCCCAAGAUCGCCCCCACUUCACUUCAGAGACCAGUUGCAAGACCAGUUUAUUGCCUGGGCUUCUGACCCCCAUGCUAAAGACGUAAAGGUUCCAACAGCCCCCUUCUUCAGUUCAAUUACUUUGCUACAGCAAAUCCUUAGCAGAUCACCGUGUAGUCUGAAAGGAUAGAACUCAGGAACAGCCAGAUGGAAGAGACACGUAGGGCGAGGUAAGGGGGGGAAGCGUGCGGAGCUGCCUGCCAUGCUCCCUCCAGCUGUGCUGCCCUCCCAGCACAUCCACGUCUUCACCAGCCUGGAAGCUCUCCCUGCCCAGUCCUUUUGGGUUUUUCGGGAGGCCUCGUUGACAUGGGUGUGAUCGAUUAAAUCAUUGGCCAUUGGUGACUACCCUCAGUCUCCAGCCCUCCUUUCCAUCCCCUGAGGUCGGGGGGGUAGGGCUCAAAGUUCCAACCCCUAAACCCAGAGUUGGCUCCCCUGGCACCCAGCUCCUAAGUGUACCUACGCCUUUUCCAAGACUUGCCUCAUUAACAUUACAAAAGAUACCUUGCUGCCUCUCUUCACAGGAAAUUCCAAAGGUUUUAGGAGCUCUGUGACCUCAAAGGGGAUUAAGACCUAAUAUAUAUUUCUUAAUUCUAAAUCACAAUCACAAUUCUAGAUCACCCUUUUCUCCUCAAAUUCAAAUGGAUAAAAAGUCUCAUCAUUGUAAAAAUUGAAUGAAAAAUAUACAUAUGGUAGGGUUUAGUGGGAGCAUCUUACCAAUCGGGAGGUAUGUUAGGUUGGUAUUAAGCAGAAAAUGUUGAGUCUUAAACAUCUUAGGCUUACAGGCCAUCCAAAAAGGGCGGGCCCUGAAAGGUCCUUUUAGCAUUUCCGAGGACCCAAACUGUGGCUUUUGGCCUUUUGACCAUUGUCCAUGCCAGGAGAAACAUUUUACAUCUCAAACUGGAUUAAGGAUAUAAAAUACAUUGUGUGUGUGUGUGUAUACACACACAUAUGUAUAUACCCACCAUGUAUAUAUGCCACACAUGUAUGUGUCUAGUCACAUACACAUACAAAGAUCAGAAACAAAAGAUUCGUGAACCAACACUUCCUAUCUACAAUUAAUUCACGCUAUUUCUCUGUUUUAUUUAUUUAAAAAUAAAAUGCUGGUUGCAACCCACUUAGCUGAUUUUCAGAUCCAGUGGUUUAAAAAAAUACGGAUCUGACUGACCUCGGUGUUCCUUGCCCAGGUGCACAUGUUUUAAAAAAUUACAUUUUUUUAAAACUUCCGCCAUGGAAGUUGUUUUUGCCAAGACCUUCCUAAUAUCUCAGAGGACAUGGUGCUUUUAAUCUAAGUCUGCCGCCCAUGUUCCCACUGCUGUGUUAGAAAGAAUGAAGUUCACAGUUGCUACAGCUGUUUCGGGCAGCUGUUUGAGUAACUCAAAACAGAUGUCAGAGCCAGAGGUCUGACACUUAGUGGAAAUGUGCUAUUAAAUACCACCUCAUGGUUUACUUAACUCUGCUAGAUAAUUGCCCACAGGGGAAAAGACUUUUUAAAUAAAAUAUUACGCUUUUCACACAUGUAAAGCGUAUAAAUAGGGAAGUUUUGCAUUUUAAAUGUACAACUUUUUUGUUACCCUUUGCCACAGUCUUGACUUCAGGCUCAAGUCUUAAGGUAUCGGCUAAACUUCCCCUUGCAUUUUCACUCCAAGUCCCUGGAAGCCUGAAGCGCCUUACUCAUGGCCAUUUGGCAAGUUAAAUUAAACCCCUGAUCUUAUCUCGCUGGCCUUGCUAAACUGUUAUGCAAAUUAAUAAAGGGGUUGCGUGCUCCUCCCUCUAGUGAAAAACUGCUAGCCAACACUGUCCUGCAUAAUAGCCCCUAUAAAUUGUGGGGUGUUCAAGGUAUGAAUGUGCGUGUCUUUAGCUCUAUGCUGAUACCUUUCCUGGUUAAUCUCUAGACAGAGUUAUUUGCAGCCAUUUGAGGGAUUUCAGUGACUCACUGUAUAUUAAACACAGAACAUUAGCCAAUUUCUAAUCUAUUUAUCUACCAGUGAUGUGUCCCUCUGUCUAUAAAUAUACGUAGAAGUUGAAUUCCGCUGUAAUAAAAAUCAUUUUCUACUAUAAGGCACUUUCUAAAUCUCCACCCUUAUUCUAUAGGAACAGUACAUGGGUAGAAUGUGUAAUAAACGUAUUUUUAAAAUAAACAAUUUUAAGUGACUUGUCCCUAGGUCUCUGAUAGUUUUGCAUUCUGACAAAGGUAUUUUCAUCUGUAUGUGCAUUUACGAAAGAAACGCUUCCAUAGUCAGUGGUAUGGUAUUGGCUUCUCUAAAAGUCAGGUGCCACUGUAUACUAAUUAGUGAACACUGGGAUCCAAGAUAAGCUCUUAGUGCAACAGGACAAUUCAAAACACAGCGAAUGGUGCUAUUCUAUUUCUAUUUCUGUUGUCUGUACAAGGUCUUACCUAGUGACCUGGGCCAUAUUAUUUUCCUCCCCAACAUCCAUGCCAUCCUCUCUCAUAUGACCCCCCCUCCAUAAAGCCCACAGACAUUCUGUUAACUGCCUCUGAAUUAGCCACCCAACAGCAGUGCAAAAUGUGCCAUGUUGUAAAAUGCAAGUCUUGUCUGUGGUUCUUUUAUGGAAGAACUGCAUCAAGACAAGAUCACGUGUCCCCUCUCGGGCACCACUCUGUUUCCUCUCUGCUUCCAUCAAUUUUGAGCUGUUAUUCCUUUACACCAGGGGCCAACAAACUGUGGUCCAGGAGCCAAAUCUGACCCACUACCUGUUUUUAAGUCUUGUUAGAACAUAGCCACACCCAUUCAUUUACACAUUGCCGAUGGUCGCUUUCUCACUCCAACGAGGGAGUAGUUGUGGUAAAGUUGAACAGUUGCUAUAGGGAGAGUGUAGCUUGCGAAGCCUAAACUGUUCACUGUAUGGCCCUUUACUCAGAAAGUUUGCUGACCCCUGCUUUAUGCUAUCAUUGUUCAUUCUAGCUUGUUCCGUCCAUACGGUCACACACUUCUCAGUGCCGAUCAACUUUCAGCUCAACAAAACUGUGCUUUUUGAAUGGACUUGUGUAUUUAUGUCCGUGUUCACCAGACAUCAUACAUGUUUCAGUCUUCAAAGUAUAGCCAUUAGAAUCGUCUCUCACUUGUGAUAACAUAGAAAUCCUAAAAAGGGACUCAUUCUUCCUUAACUUUUUCAGUUAGUGAACAAAGAUUAAGAAGCUACAGCUACCCGCCCCCGCCCCCAAAACAGUCAAGUCCUGAGAUUCUAACCCUGAAUAAUGAAUCAUCUCAAGUUCCUACUGCCUGAGGGAACUUGACUUCUCCAGACCUGACCACGCCCUUUAUUCAGACGCAGGGUUCCCCCAGCCUAUUUCCUUCUUCUCUUGAUUCAUUUCCUGACAACAUACCCACAUUGCCAGAUGGACACCCUAAGUGAAGGUCGAAGGAAACUCAUUUCCAAAGAAUGUAUUCAUGAAAUAAAACUUAACUGGCACUUGAAGCUUCUUUUACUGGUAAAGAAUGUUUUUAAGUGGCGCAACCAAAAUAGCCUCUGUUUUGUCAGUGUAGAAACUAGUCCGCUACAGUAGAAAAUAUUAUUUAACGUUCUUUAAACAAAAAGCAGAACUUCCUUUGGUACUGUGGUAGUGAGCUCAUCGGAACCCAAGUGAUGACGGCGGAUUUUGAAAGAGAUCAGGAUUAACGUAGCUCUGGAAGGCCCACUGUACGUGAAACAUGGCUUCUGAAGAAGUACCCGAAACAAAACCCAAGUCAUUUGCUGCAUAUUUGGCAGUGGCCAGUGGAUACUGAGUUCAGAAUACGGCUUGGUGUAGAAUAAAGACAUGUAACCUUUAUCACUCAGGGAACCACUAAUUACAUUCUGAAACUAAAUCAUACUGCUUUCUAACAACACUCCUUCCUGAAGCUCUUAAGUUUUAAAAAUAGACCUAAGCGUAAGCCAGAACAAGUUACCAGCCCUUGGCAUGCAACUUAAAGGGUAACAGGCAAGGCCAAGUUGCUGCAAACACCAAAGGACUCUUGACCAUGGUCUAGUGGCUACCUGACUAAUUCAAUUCAACCAGCAUUCAUCAGCUUCCCAUAAUAUCGAGGUACAGAAGUUUUGGGGAUACAGAGGAUGGGUAAGCGAUAUAUGGGCCCUGGCCUCAAGGACCUCACAGUCUUGUAGGGGAAGGUAAUGAAUUCUAUGAGACAGUAUAACCACAAAAUAACAAAGAUGAAAAAAGGACUUGAUAAAGGAGUGGAAAGGAAUGGAUGAGUAAUUCAUGCUGGGAUUCAUCUGAGCUAUUAAGAAUGAGCUAAUGUUCUCCUCCCUCCCCUUUUUCCUUUCAUCUGGUAUGGGCCUACCACUGGCAACACCCACAACUGAGGAACCAGUACCCCUUUUUCUCUCUUUCCCCUGGUUUGAGGAACAUCAUGAAUAUCUUGACCAUGCUUAUAUGAUCAAGCAUGCAGUUUUUAUACUUUUUAAAAAGAGAUUUAUUUCAGAGACCGUGUAGGGGGUGGGCAGAGGGAGAGGGGAGAGAGAAUCCCAAGCAGACUCCAUGCUGCGCGCAGAGCCCAACGCGGAACUCGAUCCCGAGACCCUGAGAUCACGACCUGAGCCAAAACCAAGCGUCAGACACUCAACCAAUUGAGCCCCCCAGGUGCCCCUGCAGUUUUUAUACUUCUAAGAAAUCUCUGACUCACUUGGGAAAAUUCGGAAGGAAGGAA